AUGAAGUUUUGAUUACAAUGGAAACAAAACUUUUUUGUCGUUAAAUGAUGUGCUUUAGAAACGUUUAAUUAAAAUAUGUUACUAACGCAGUAAAGUCUCUUUUAUAAUUAGUUAAUAUUGACAGUAAUAUUGGCCAUUGUCCAUAAAUUUGGUUUAAAUUUGUAGCACGUCAGUUUACUUUUCAUCACAGGACAACGGCUUGCAUUCACUCAGCUAUGGAUCAGCAAAGAAGAAUGGAAAAUAAUGACAAUAAUGUUCACGAAGCAAUCCUUGAAACACAACCAGGCACCGCAGCACGCGACAUAAGCCCAAGUAACGGGCCUGCUCAAAAUGGAAAUCAGUUUCCUUCCGUGCAUUACUCUGAUUCUGACGUUUUGAUAAAUAAGUCAGAUUCCGAAGAUGGGUUAUUUAUAACUGAUUCAAGUGAUGAUGUGAUGAAUGAUGUAUUGUCUGACUUCUCGCCAACCAAAGAUAGACUUGAGCAAACUCGAGAAAUGAUAAUGGAAAGCUUGGUUCAAAGUUUUGUGACCAUCAUUCCAGACAACUCAAACACGUGUGACCCGAACGAUCGAACGACCGAACUUCGAGCAACGAACGAAGAUAGCGCCUUUGAUGCUAUUGACAUAGCAACUGUCAAGAAAGACAUGCAAAACAUGCAUGUUAUGCGGUCAAUGCGGUGCAUACCCUCAGAUUCAGCACUUCCCGAGUUUCGAAGAAACGUCAGUGACUUGGCGAGUGUCGCUGCCAGUGACGAUUAUGUGACGAUCGGAUCAGCUUCGGAAGAACCAACCACCGCCUCAUUCUUUUCACAAUCUGCAUCAACCAGUCACUUGCAUUCUCCGAGGAAGCCAGGGUCAUAUAUCCGAUCAAAGAGCGCGCUUUUGUUUCGGAGUAUACACAGGCCUGUCGAGCCAGCUGAUCAGAGCCCCGAGCGAGACCAACAACAAUCGAAAAGCGCAGCUGCGUCAUGUGACACAUUCUCUGAUCAUUGGUUGCUUAAUGAAGGCUGGCUGAGAAAGAAUAAGAGCGACAUUGAUCAAAACCAACAAGAAGCUUUGCCAGGGUCGGGACAAGAAGAGAAGCCAGCAGAAGGAAAAUGUCAGGCAAAUCAGUGUUCAACUGAUAAGGCUCAACCAACUCAAUCAACCACUCCCAAUUCAGAAGGAAAAGCUUUGGAUGAAAGCAGUAAAGCCAAGCAGGCUUCAAAACCACAGGCUAGAAAUGUCAACGGUAAACCGACUUUCAAGGCAACUAAGCUUCCUCGCUUUUAUCGGACAAGGCUGGAAGGAAAAAUGGCCAGCAGUAGGAGUGAGAGCUGUGUUAUAAUGAAUAAUAGGUGCACUGAUGAUGCGAACACCACAGUAAGAAGAAGCCGGAGCUCAAGCACUAAGAUUCCAAGACCAUCGAUACAGAAGUCCGCACCUGCUGAACGACAAAGCAAGAAGGAUGCUGGUGGCGUGAGCUACGCCGUGAAACACUUGUUAUCUCCAGAGCGGGUGCCAGUGAAGCCUCGCUCGCCACCGCACAAAGUGAGGUCGCCGGUGAGAAGUUGUGCCACCGCUCGUGAGUCAUCCUCUCUGCCUCAUGCAUGUGUGAAGGCAUCAGAAAGUAACUCGUAUUCUAAACAAGCUUUUGUUCAAAAUUCAGGAAAUAAGGCUAAUGAAAUAGAAGAAAAGUCGAAACCGCAGUCGAAGACAAAGAGUGUCACCGAUAAGAAAGCUUCGGAUAAAGUGGAUUAUGAUUUAAAAGCAGAUGAAUGUGUACGUAAUGCCGAGAGUACGCCAAUCCCGGUUAACAGGGAUCCAAUAGAUGCUUCUAACCUUCCACAACGAAGUCGCCCCGGUAGCCCAAAGAAAGCUAAGAAUAUUGCCUCCGCGACGGCAUUGAAGACAGCGAAAUUUCAUCCUGAGAAUUCAACUGCCAAACAGACCAGUGACGAGUCUUCCGUACCAAAGCGCGCCGCGACGUCCUCAGCCAGGGUGUUACCGAAGCGUCUGACACCGGCGCAGCGAGCGGGCACACCGCCGUCGGCCGGUGGCGCUGGUGCCACCGUCUCCGUCUCGUCUGGCCCGCUGGAGCGCAGCAGCGUCAGCGCCGCACCCACACUCAUGUCAGUCAAGGUGGACGUCAGCGUGCGCGCCGAGGACGGCUCUGUGCGCAGCUUCCGCGACAUAUCACCGCCGAGGGACGGCAGGACCGGCGACCUAUUCUCGGGGGUGGAGGAGCUGAUCAGGGGCCUGCUGGAGCCCACGGCGGCGGGUGGCGGCGGCCGGCGGCUGACCAACACUCCGGUGAGCGUAUGGUCGCCGCACAGUGGCACUCCCCGCUCACAAGGCGGCGGGUCUGAUGAGCCGCUGACGGAUCGACGACCUGUCCCGGAGGCCAGGUCAGUGCCUGUCGUUACCCCCCGCAGAGGUAGUGAGGUCAGUGGUGGCUCCUCAGGACGCCGGGAUUACGCCGCGCUGGAUGUUCACGCGCAGCGGUGCCAGGCGGAGGAGAGCGUCGUGUUCCUUACUAGUACCGGCAGCAUGUCGUCGACAGAUUUGUGGCCACAAGCGGCCAGACAGAUUGUAUACCCGUCCACGACCGUGCCUGUUGUAGCGGCUACUGCAAACCGAUCCAGGCCUGGUCGUAUUCAAACAGUUUGUCCAAGUGCUCCUCAUCCCGACGCUGAGAUCAAUCACAGACACGGGGAGAAUUCUUGGCAAGACCAGCAUGAUAGGCAGUCCACAGCGAACCAUUCUGCCGUGCCUUCGGCCACCAGCGAACGCCACCGUCGCUACGAGCACGUAUCGCCAGGACGGUCUGUUCCAUCGGCUCCACCGUCCUCGCCAGUUCGUGUAAAACAUUCAUCCUCCUCUCCCGACAGAGGCCGAACGCCGUCUCCUCGUUCGCGGCUUCCCGUUCCCGUGCGGAUGGUAUCAGAGAGCGCCGUGCGCUCGUCUCGCUCCCCAACGCCAGAGAGACACUCGUUCUACCAGACGGCGCAGACGACGCCGGACCGACCGCGCUCGGCCACGCCGGACAGCCUGCGAUCCGCCGGCGGGUCGUCCGUCUCACUGCACAGCCUGAAGAGAUCGCCACGAGCCGCGGAGCUGUCCAACUUCGGCACGCCCAGCCUCAGUCCGCGCAGGAGCUCUCCAGCGGUGUCGGACAAGCGCAGAGGCUAUGGCAGGUCCCAGUCCUCGUCGCCGCGAAGUGCGCGGUCCAGUCCGCUGCGACAUAGUCCGUUCAAUCACCUUCGCUGCGAUCCUCAACAAGCCCCAAUGUCUUCGGUACCGGCAACGAAUGUGAAUGAACUGCCUGCAACCUGGGGUACAACCGCCGACGAUGAUUCUUUCUGUAUAAAAAGACAUUCUAGAGUCGUGAGUCCACCUCCACAGGUAGCUGGACCGCAGCAUUUGACAACAAAACCGGCAGAGGAUUCCACGACAGACAUUGAACCAGUCACAAGCUCUUCCGGUGUGCAUUCUCAAGAUACUUCAUCAGGUGAUUAUGGUAAAACUCGGCGCGAACUUGAAACAGCAGUGGCUUCAGCCUCAGUUCCGACGCCCAUGAAACGCGCCAUGUCUGGACCGUUCGUGUGUGAAAAAGACACACUCGUUCAAAAGCCUAUUCCUCAGAAAAGAACGAGGAACGUCUCACCGAUGAGACCAGGCACUCCGCAUCCAAGAAAUGAAGAGCUAAUGAUAAGCAGCAAGACGUCGUUCUGUUCGAUGGAUUCGCCUGUGCGAAAUAGAUCUCCUUCGCCACACGGAGUGCAGCUGGGUCAGCAGGCCAAUGAACAAGAUGUUACCUCGUCAGACCGUCAGAAUUAUUCCAAUCUAGCCAAAGAUGACAUCAUCCUAACAUCUGUCAAUGAUGAGGCCAUCAAUGAAAAGACAGAACUCUCGCACCCAGGAAUUCAUCAUCCUUUGAAAAUCGACUCGCCAGCAACAGAAAAUGGACGUGGCAGCAACUUGUCCUGCUCCAUAUCACCUCGCAGUGCACGUUCUAACCCGUCGAGUCACCAUUCAGACGAUCAAGCGAAAGGGAGCAAUCAGUCAGACCACCGAACUUCUCGUCAUGAACAACACGAGCAACGAGUGAAUUUAGAAAGCAGUGCAUGUGACACAGGCUUAGAGAGGGAGAUGAUAGAAACAGAGAACACUCUCAAGCUUAUGGAGGAAACGAUAAGUGUACUUGAACGACAAAAUCUCUCACUCGCCUCAAAUACCAAAGAGAUAUCCGAGAAGAUUUAUCAGGAGAGGGCACGGAAGUGUGAUCUAAAAACUGCAAAACUAAUGCUUCUCAAAGUCAGAACUGAGUUACAAAAGACAACGAAAAAUAGUGAAGAAAAUCGAAUGCAGCUGUUGAGUGCAAAAGAGAAGAUAUCGGAACAAGAAUCUGCCAUUUUUCUUCUGAAAGAGUCCCUACGAGAUGAAUGCGUGAGGAACGUUAGAAUGGAGAGAGGUCUCAGGGAACGAUCCACAGCUGGAGCCUCGUGUAACGCCACGUCUCACUUUUCUAUGGGAGCUGAUGGGAGAGAUCGCACGACAUCGUCUUUGGUCGCCGAGCCUAGCUCUGUUCGAGAGCUGCUGGAGGAGACGGACAUGCAGCUUCAAGAGGAAAAACGUGCCCGGAAAGAUAUUGAACAAAAACUGGCAGAGGAAAAGUCGAAGAAGCUGAAAAUCUUGAAUGCUGCUAAGAAAUGGCGCCAACAGUUAGAAGCUGGGACAAAUUCAACAUUGUUGGCCCCUAAAUGUCCUGUUAUGGAUACCAAAGCUGCUAAGUUUCCUAAGGUGAGCGACAGUGAGUCAUCAAACAUGAAAAGCUACCAGAGCAUCCAUACUCCAGGUAACAGCAACGAAUCGAUAAAAAUUGAUCCAACUAGGUGCAAGUCGAACGAAUCGAUCUUGAGUAGUCAUAAGUUUGAUAUUGAAUCUGCGUCAGGCUCGGAGUAUUUUUCGCCAGAAUUCACGGACAAACAAGACGGUUCAUGCCAAUGUGAGAUCUUGGAUGGCUCAACAAAUUGGAAGGACACCUGUGCGGAAAUGAAGCAACUGAAUGAUCUCUACUUGGCCAAGCUUAGUGAAGCACAACAUGGUCAAGUGGAAUUGAGGCGAGAGUUGCAAGCGGCUGAACUAAAACUUAAAGAGGAGACAGAAAAGAAAGAUCGAUUCGAGGAGGAACUCAAAAGCUUGAUAGAUCGAAUUCAUGAAAUGCAGAGAGAUGUUCAGUUAUACCAAAGACAAUCGAAGGAGCAGCUGGUCACAUUAAGACAAGGAGAUCACGAAAAGAUUGAAUGUCUUGAAAUGGAAAAAUUGAAACUCAAGGAUUAUUACCAACAGCAGAUGGAAACAAUCGUACAAGAAAAAGUUGCAGAAUUUCAAAGAAAAGUUGCGCAUCUUGAAACAGUUGUACGCGAACAAAUAAAUACGUACACAAAGACCAUGCAACAGAAGUUUAGGGAGAAGCUUGCCACUGCCUCACAGCAACAAAAAGAGGUUAUUUCUCGACUUGAAGCGGAACAUUCCAAGGAGUUGGAACGUCUGACCACGGAAUAUCCUCAGGAAAUCGAGAGGCUGCAACAGCGGCUGGCGGAAUACCAGCAAGAGGUCAUCGACAAGAAGAACAGAUUGGAACAGAGGGAGACGCAGGUCGGCACCAUACUUCGUGUGGUAAAGCUUCUAAUCAGAGAAGGAAACGCGAUGAAAGGUGAUACGAAAGAACAAAACACUGUGGAGAUCGCCAGGAAGAUCUUGAAAUGCAUGGAUCUGAACUUGGACGAUAUCAUGUCACCUAGACCAUGUCAGAGCGACUACAAGGAGCAGUCGGGCGACAGAGAGUGGGUCACCAAGGAUGGCUCCUGUGUGACGUUUCGGAGCAUCCCUGAUUCACCGCGUCCAACGCCGGCGAACCGAUCAACACUAUCGAGAAGUGCCCCUCCUGUUCCCCCGAGGCGGAGGACUUUGGACGAGUGUGGACAAAACGCUACAUUAGUUCAGAAAACAAGCAACGACUCGACCACAACUCAGCCUUUUAGCACGUCUGGCGUGGUGAAGAAGAUCUCUUAUACCCGAUUCGGCGAUGAAGUGAUCCGGGCUAGAUCUGAGGAGUUUCUUCAAAACAACAUUAGAACUCAUACAAAGCAGCUGUCGACAACAUCCGACCUGUCUCAGUGGGGCGUGAGCGGGUCCUAUUUGCUCGACACGGGCCCUCCGACGGCGCCGCCGCCGACUCCGCCCUCUAUAGCCACCAGCUCGGGAGCAAACACGGAAGAACGGGACCUCGCCUCGAAGGAGUCUGGCCAAGACGUGGCGUCGUCAGUUCUGAAGGAACUCAACCAUGCAUCACAGGUUAAAGCUGUCGCUGAUAAGGGCACUGGAAGCGCCACAAGUCUUAUUAGAGAUCCGUCGUUUUUGCUGCUGACAAAUUCAAUACUGGCCGAAGAUGCGGCACAGAUGUGUCAAUGUAAGCGUUUGACCCGUGCCCUAGAGGAGUACGGUAGGUUAAAAAUGACUAUCGCUCACCGAAAUAGAUUGAAAGAAGGACCCGCUGCUCGAGAACGGACUCGUUCUUCAAGCGAAACAUCAAUUAAUCGACUUGCGAGCAGUUACUUUGAAUCUAUUGAAGGCGGCGGAAUCUUUGAAACAAAGGUGCAAGGUUCAAGUAAAAUAAUUGUGUCUAGCUUAUCAAGCUCGGAACAUCAAUCAACCAAAGCAAAGGCAGACAGCUCAAAAACGACGUCUAAAACAAGUUCUGACUCCAAUCAGCUUUUUAGCAAGGAUAUGAAAAGGACAUUGGCUGCCAAAGCCGUUGAGACUGGAGGCUUGUUUGCCAACCCGUUUUCUAUGAAGCCAAUACCAUCAAGGCGUGCUAGUGGAACAUCUGAAAAGGUGACGUCCAAACCGCCCAUUCAGAGCGUGAGCGCGGCGCCGAGUCGCUCUGCCACCGGCCGCUCCCCGUCCCCGCUGCGGCAGGAACAAUCGGCAGAGGGUGGCGCUGGAGCGAACACAACGCAGCCCGAAGCCACAAAGUCACGCUCAGGGCAAGACGCCUCGGGCUUUAUCGAACGGACGCUCAGUCCCUCGCGUAAUGUUGGAAGUAGAAUCAGGAAAACAUCGCCAACAUUAAAGCGGAUGCCGUCGUUUGAUAAAGUCGACACAUUCGACUACAAGGAGUCGUCUGAAGAUUCGAAGUUUGCCCUGUCGAGACCGCCUCCCCCACUGGAGCUGAAACCACGUGACAACAGAGCGAGCGUGCAGCGGAAGCAGCUGGCGGCACUGCGUAAGCAGAGCCCCAAGGAAAAGGAGAGGCACCGUUCUAUAUCCCCUCGUGAGCGAAAACUUUUCACACUUCGCAAUCAGCAGCUUGCCGAGAAGAAAAUCACCAGAACCGAAGUGACGAAGAGGACACUGUCCCCAUCGCCUGUGUCGCCUCAGGCGUUCUUCCCUGACAUUACAGCUCCCGAGCAAACGAAAAACUUUGUCCCCACUUUCAAGCGACAGCGAGACAGGAGCCGGAGCGGCCGCAGAAGCGUCUCGUCCGGCAUGGACUGGAAGAAGUACAUCAAAUCUGGCCAGCCAUGGCAGGAUGUGUACUUACACGAGCAUAACGACCCGGACUAUGUGGAGCCGAUUCCCACAAACGGCACUUACUACACGGCCGAUACGCGCAACGACGACUCGGACCGGUCUGACUGGUCGCCGAGCUACAGCUGGGCGCCGCCGCGACCCGGCGAGCGCGAAAAGUGGAACCGCUACCUCACCACCGGUCAGGCGGCCGAGCAGAUCGCCCUCGAACGCUUCUACGCCACCCCGGAGCGCGAGAGCGCCGACGCCCGGCGCCGGAUGCGUCGCUCGCGGAAGCAGGCGGAGGUGAUGGAGCACAUCAACCGGCUGCUGGCGGUGUCCAGCGGUAGCGACCCGUCUGAAGAGCGAGCCGGUCGCCGGGCCGAGCGAGGCGAACACCGCUCCAAGGGCCACCCGCGGCACGCGUCGGAGCCGGCCGAGCACCAGCACGGGCGUAGCGCUGUGCUGGACGGGGUGCGCAGGAAGGCGCUGGCCCAGCUGGGCACGCGCCACCCGGCGGACCCGCUGGCCGACCUGCCGGCCCACCGACCGCCGUCGGAGCGCGGCGCGCCUCAGCAGCGCGUGUCGCUCUCGCUGGACCGCGAUCUGCCGAUGCCGCGGCGAGACUGCAGCGUACACCAGCGGCUGUCGGCCGACGUCAAGACGCACCAGAGGCUCGCCAAGGAGCACAGCAAGCAGCGGAGGCCGGCCGGCGCGCGUGAGAGCUCGUCCAGCCAGCUGCGCUGGCCGGCCGACAGUCGCAGAAAGGUCCCCCUCGUGCUGGUGUCGCGUACGCCGCGCGGAGAGCUGGCACCGCCGGAGCGGCGCCGCCACCGGAGCCACUCGCACUCGCGGCACGGCACAGCGACCGCGGCGCUGGACGACCUGGACAUGGACUCGUGGGUGGACCAGUGGGAGCGCAAGUGGGACCACGAGAGGCGGCAGAGGCCGCUGUCGCACUGGCCGCCCACCUGACGCCACGCGGACUCAACUGUGGCCUACUGGGACCUGGCCGGCUACCGGACCUGGGCGCGCCGCUGGAUGCGCCAGAACCUGGCCGUGCGCUGGAGCACUGUGCGCUGGGUGCUCAAGUCAUGGCGCCCGGUCUGGAGGUGCUGCUGGCCGGCGCUGCAGGCCAUCGGCUCGGCGCUGCUCAGAGCCGCCGGCACGCUCCUGACCAAGAGCUCCCCGCCGCUGUGGGGGCACGUGUGGUCAAUGGUGGAGGCGCGCUCCAAAGACGACACCUUCCGUCACCACGCCAAUGUGUUUCUGGCGGUUAUGCUUGCGUUGAUCGACUUGUCGUUGCUGAGCUGGGAUGCAUGUAAAGUUCGCGACUUCUUCACCGGUUGAAGAUGCUGUAGCAUGUAGGUAUGCGUUAAAUGCUACCAUCACCUAUUCGGCUGUUUGGGGAUCAUGUCAACAAUUACCUUCAUUUACUGCAUUUUGCUCAAAGCUACAGGCGUUAUUGACGAGAGGUGCGUUCUCCCCCUUGACAUGUGUUCUGAUUAGCGACUUUGCGUCAAAGUAAUCGUUUCUUAGACGUGUUACAAUGCUCGCUAGCAUAGCAAUGGGAUUAGCACAUCGCAAAAGCGACCGAAACGACUUGUAAAUAAACGGCCUGUAGUCGA